AUGCCACCUAAGAAGAGUCUAGGUCGGUCCCGGCGGCGCAAUCCCAUACAACUGAAUGACUUUCUUAAUGGUGGUGAAGAGGGAACAGAUCAGCAGCAGCAGCAACAGCAGCAACAGCAGCAGCAGCAGCAACAACAGCAACAGCAGCUAAGAGAACAACCAAAUCUGUCGCUACAGCAGCCGCAAUCGACGUCUCAACAGCAAACGCAGUCCCAGCAUAAGCCAAAGAAAAAGAAUCGCUCGCAACGUGAAUCCCCAAGUCAAUCCACUUCGCACCCAAAGACCGAGACAACUCAGCAAUCCUCGGAAAAUACCAAUGAAAAUGAAGCUACUUCCUAUGUAGCCGCUACUUCCAUCUCUUACCUGAGCAGUGUUACACCUGUAAUGACGCCCAGCAAUGCUUACCUAAGCCAAGCGGAAUCAGUCGAUGCUGUAACCGCCUCGGCGCCACCUGAGGCUGGUGCCGGAGUUGCCGUUAACUCCAUGAGGACAAUGGCUAGGACAAGCAAUGUGUGGCGUUCGGAUUCUGACAAAAUUGAGACUAGGGCAGCACCUAGCAAUGCUAGCUAUGCCCCAAAUAUGGAAGAGUUUCCGACCAUUGGUGGUGCUAAGGUCAAGAAGCAUAAAGUAAAUGAUGGCAGCGGUUAUAGAAACGAUCCGGGAGCAAGCACCAGCAAUGCUCAGUCAUCCAAUUCACCAUCGAUGCCGGGGUCUUCGUCCCGUACACGUGGUGGUCGUGGUCGGCACGUAAGUGCACCAGUGCUGGGAAAUUUUCUACCUUCUGCUAUUCCGCCGACAAGCACUGCGAAGCAUCAGGAGGUUGGUGAAUGGUUAAAAUCUGUGCGUGAAAUGAGUCAUGCCAAAGAGCAGCAAAAGGAGGCAAAAAAGAAGCAAGAUCAGGAGGAGAAGACCAAUGAAAAGGCUCGUGGCGAUGGAAAUGAGCCGACAACUAGCCAUUCCACAAACAGUCAAGUAAUUCCAAUAUCGCUGCCAACUCAAAAUGUUGCAGCUCGUCCUCCGGUGGGCAAUAAACAGUGCGGAAUGACGAGAACAACAAGGGCUAAUUUUGAUCAAAACAAACGACGUAAUCGUCGUAGUCAGCGUAAUUGGAAUAAUCAGACGCCAGUUCAAAGCGAGCCUAAUGGAAGGGCUGGUCGGUCCUCCGGUCUCAAAUCGUCCAGACCUGGUCAUGGGCAUAGUCAGUACACAAAUCAACGGCCUGCCAGAAAUGCCACAGCACCGAGGGCACCGAGGGCACCACCCAUUACGGUGGAUGUCUCACGUAGUCGACUUAACUCAAAUGCCAUGGAAUUCCGUCCAACUUUGGGUUAUCGUGAGCCUGAUUUGCUAGCUACAGUUCCACCCCAUGUUGAAGCCAUGAUGCCGCAACAGCCAGGGCCAAGUGAUCAAAUGAUCAGGAUUGGUGAUCGACGUAGUCGCCAACGUUUCACGCGCUCCCUAAGGCCGGACACACUUUUCGAACUAGUUGCACCUGGAUUAUUGCCCACACCAAAUGACCCAUUCAUUGAGAUUCCCCCUUCAACGUCUGCUCAGGCGGAAGUGGGUGCUUUUAUGCCUGAUCAGCAGGUUGUCCCCUAUCAACCACCGCAACCGACUCAAUUCGUUUUGCCGCCUGGAUUACUGCCCACGCCAAAUGAUCCCACAAUGAACUAUUACAUGGAACCAGUGGUUCCAGUUCCACUGGCUGUGCAGGGUCCGUAUUUGCCUGACCAGAGCAGCCAGGAUUUGAUCAAUCAGCAGUCACUUCAAUCCAACAAUAAUAAUCUCGUAUGGAAUGCACCGCACUUGGCCAUUCCGAUGCAACAGCAAAAUAGCAAUGUUGCCCAGUCGGUUUUUCGGCUAGCCAGCCUCCCCAGUACUGGGGUGGGUACAGUCCGCCCCCCGGAGCAAUCCUCAAUCCGGGAGGUGUGUACUAUCCCACAAACGGCGCAGUCAUCGGAGGCGCCGGACCAAUGGACCAAUAUCAGCCCACUACCUUCAAGUAUUACGUGCCCGUCGCCGUCAAUAACCAACAGCCUCAAUAUCAGCCACCACCAAUGGUCGGCGGAGGAGAAGCAGCAGCAGCAGGAGGGGGAGGAGAGCAUACCUACCCAGCACCGGGACCUCCAAUAUACACGCCCGUCGUCGUCAAUAACCAACAGCCUCAAUAUCAGCCGCCACCAAUGGUGGGCGGAGGAGAAGCAGCAGCAGCAGGAGGGGGAGGAGAGCAUACCUAUCCAGCACCGGGACCUCCAAUAUACACGCCCGUCGCCGUCAAUAACCAACAGCCUCAAUAUCAGCCACCACCAAUGGUCGGCGGAGGAGAAUCAGCAGCAGGAGGGGGAGGAGAGCAUACCUACCCAGCACCGGGACCUCCAAUAUACACGCCAACUGUUGGACAUGGACCGAACCAUGACUCUGGAGGGGGAGACGGCAACACCAGAGGCACAGGAGGCACAAGACGCACCGGAGGCAGAGGAAAUGGAGUUCAUGACAAAUAUAACAACAAUCGACCAAGGCGAAAUAAUAAUCGACGUGACCAACACCCAAAACGCAGGCACUAUUAAUAGAAGAGAAGGCGUCGGUACCACCACCAGCAGGGCACCACAAUCACAUUCACCAAAUUCAAAUCAUCAUCGGCAGACAAGUCAUCAGCUCUUUGGCGCUAAAUCAACGAAAUCAUCCAGUCCGGACCUCAGAUUAAUGCCAGAAAGCAUCUCAAAAUUGUACAAUUUAAUAUGCUCGAAUAAUUCGGAUUAUGCCUUUGUCUAUGCAUUAAGUGCGCAACUUUGCCAGAAGAUUGUGCCCAUGGAUUCUUUUGUGUACCUGAAGAUGGCCCUUUUGGCCAGCCUGGCCUCCAUCGACAAGGAUGAGAUGCGACAACCAAUUGCCCUGUGCAUUAUUUCCACGGACAGCUCUUUGGCCAAUCUUUUGUUAACAUGUGUGGGUCAGCUAGCACCACGGUUUAUCGGCCCCCAUAGCGGUGGACAGCAGCCAUCCUUUAAUGCUCUGCCCACGCGAUAUAAUUGGAUAACCGCUAGCCCCCUACUGAUGGCUCAACGUGGUGUCUACUAUGCUGGCGAUUGGACAUGCUUGUCGCGUGACCAAAGCGAAGAGCUCCAGAAGUGCAUUGAGAAUGGGGUGGUGCCUGUGCCUCAAAUAAGUGGUGAACAGUUGCUAGAGGCAGCUGUCUGGACGUACUGGCAGCCAGAACAUUCAGCAAAUCAGACAACAACAUUUGCUAAUUUUUGCCCAAUAUUCGGACUUCCCAUUUAUAUGGGUGAACUAUCUGCCGAAGAUAUAACCAAUUUCAUAAUCCAUCAGUAUAGUGAAAAUGAGGCUAAUGAAUCCACUCAGGAUGCCCUAGAUGUUAGUGACGAUGAUAUGCGUUUGCUGUUCCUAUUGCUACAUGAACGUCAGGUUAACUUUAGCGAUCAGGCUCAGUAUAUAUUGAAGAAAUACUUUAUUGUAUCACGCAAAGAGCGGCCUAGUGUAUUUACCAGUAAAACAUACAUUGUGUUGAAACAAUUUGCAGAAUCAUUUGCAAAAUUGGCCUUACGUUUGGAUGUUCUUAUCCAAGAUAUAAUCGUGGCCAUUUUCCAUUCUGAAUACUUUGUUCAACACAUUUGUGGAGUAAGUUCGUGUCCCCCGCCAGCAGUAACCAAUAUAAAUGGCAUUCAACAGGUUGAUGCCUAUAUGAAUGAUUUUGGUCGCUGGCUCUUUGAAUAUUUGGACCGAUAUCAAGAUGAUGAACUGGAUACACAGCAGCCACCGGCAAAGCGACAUCGUGCCAGCCUUGACGUAUAAAAAUAAAUUAUAUAUAUCUUUCUCUCAGAUAUGUAACAGCAAUCGCCAAAACUA